UUUCCUGAAUUUUCACAGCAGCAAAGGCCCCGGUCGUUUUACCCAAUUUCACUCGAGUAGUUGUUUUAAGUUUGGCUCUUUUCGACUCAAUCGCUAUUUGCUUUUCUCUUUCAUUCGCAUUUUUUUUUUCUUUUCUUUUUCAAUUAUCGAUCUAUAUGCGUUCGGUUCUCGAGAAAAUUGGGGGCAGAAAAGCGAAAGGAGGAAACCCUUACCAAUUCUGAUUUUUGGGUUUCAAUCUUCGAAAUGGAAGCCCGAGAAAUGUGUAGAUAAUUGUAGUUUGGACCAUUGAGGUUAGUCUCUGAAAAUUACUAAGAGGAGGAAUCAGCAGGAAAAAGGGUAGAUAUUGAAUUUUUGAAAUGAGAGCGGAGAGCUGCAAACAGCAGGAAGAGUGUAGAUAUUGCAUUUUUGGUACAUUGAGGAAGUAGUGUAUAAGCAGCAUCUGGGGGCUACUUGGUGGAUGGUGAAGCAAUCAUUCAAUCAGUGAAUAAUAUAGACCAUCUGUACCAACUUUAGAUAAAUUUGGUGGGAAGAGGUUCAUAUGGCUGGUCUGUUGCCUGGCGAUCCGUCACAUCAUGGAAUGUAUGAAGGUGGGUCUUACAAAUUUCCUCAGGACAAACCAGAGGAAGGUGGCCGUUGGUACUUAUCUAGGAAGGAAAUUGAAGAAAAUUCCCCUUCCAAGCGUGAUGGAAUUGAUUUGAAAAAAGAGACUUACCUACGCAAGUCAUACUGUACAUUUCUACAGGAUUUGGGCAUGAGGCUCAAAGUGCCCCAGGUAACAAUUGCUACAGCAAUCAUAUUUUGUCACCGUUUCUUCCUUCGUCAAUCCCAUGCAAAGAAUGACAGAAGGACAAUUGCAACAGUGUGUAUGUUUCUUGCGGGGAAGGUUGAAGAAACUCCCCGUCCGUUAAAAGAUGUUAUCCUUGUUUCUUAUGAAAUCAUUAAUAAAAAGGAUCCUGCUGCAGUUCAAAGGAUAAAGCAAAAGGAGGUAUAUGAACAGCAGAAGGAAUUAAUUUUACUUGGAGAGAGGGUUGUACUUGCUACACUUGGUUUUGAUCUUAAUGUGCACCAUCCAUAUAAACCCCUUGUAGAGGCAAUAAAGAAAUUCAAGGUUGCUCAAAAUGCCCUUGCUCAAGUUGCAUGGAAUUUUGUCAAUGAUGGACUGCGGACAUCUCUUUGCUUGCAAUUUAAGCCCCACCACAUUGCAGCAGGUGCAAUUUUCCUUGCUGCCAAGUUCCUCAAAGUAAAGCUCCCAUCAGAUGGUGAGAAGGUCUGGUGGCAGGAGUUCGAUGUCACCCCACGCCAAUUAGAGGAGGUCAGUAAUCAAAUGUUGGAGCUCUACGAACAAAAUCGAGUGCCACCUUCUCAAGGCAGUGAAGUUGAAGGAAGUGUUGGAGGUGGGGCUGCUCAUCGGGCCACAUCAAAAGCUCCAGCUGCUAAUGAAGAAUAUGUAAUGAGUAAUGCUCAUGGUGGGGGAACUCCAUUGAAACCUGCAACCUCAAAGCCAGUAGCAUCUAAGCCAGCAUCUGAUCAGCCAUAUGUUGAUAAUAUUAGUGGACCUUCAAGAACCAGCCAAAAUCGAAGUAAUGACUAUGGAAGCACAGAGAUGAGAAGUACUUCAGACCACAAGGCUGAUGGAGAAUCAAGUGAUUAUCAUGAACAUGAACCAUCACUUUACCAGGAGAACUUGGGGGAAGGUCAAAAUGCAUCAAGGCAUGGGUCAGAGGGGCCUGGUGAAGAUGAUCAAGAAAGGACUGGUGGGAGAAGUGAAGCAAGAGAAGCAGGGGAAUUGAAGGACAAGUACCAUGGUCGAAAUCUGGAAUAUAGAGAUGGCCUGCUCGGCCAAUCACCCCAGGAAGCUAUUAAAAAGAUUGAUAAAGACAAGGUAAAGGCUGCACUGGAGAAAAGAAGGAAAACUCGUGGUGACAUGACUAGAAAAACAGACCUGAUGGAUGAGGAUGAUCUUAUCGAGAGAGAACUGGAAGAUGGUAUCGAGUUGGCCGUUGAGACUGAGAAAACCAAGCGGGAGAGGAGGCAAAGCUGGCCCAAACCCUCCAACAGGCCAGAACAUGAGAGCUCACACCAUGGGAAGCAUCAAGAUGAUGAAGAUGGACACCACCAAGGACUGAAACCCCUGUCAUCACGAGGAUCGGAUUUGGAGAAUGUGGAGGAAGGUGAGGUAUCUGCAUUUGAUGACGCUGACCGAGCAUUUCGAUCACCCAAGUCAAGCAGUCGAAAGAGGAAACCGGGAAGCUCACCAGAAAAACUCUCAGAUGGAAAGCAGCGGCAUGAUUAUAUGCCUGGCUCCCACCACCAUAACCAUCAUGAUUUCCCAGAAGAUCGGAACAGACUCGGCCGGCUUGGUUACUCAGAGAGGGAUCACAAAAGGCAUGCACAGGAAAAUCAUGUCUGAAGCAUGUUUCCUGCUUGCUGGAGCAUGUCUUGGUAUCACAAAUAACCUCAGGGGUCCUCUACACACAUGAGAGCAUAAACUGGGAUUUAUUGGUAUGCUCAUAAACCCUUCUAAAACCCUGAGGUUUUUCAAAAGUAAUUUGGUAGUUGUUAUUGACUUCUAUGCUCAGAAAAUGACUCUAUGAGUAUUAAAACCUUGGAACUCUUUCUGGGUUUUUUUUUCCUCUCUUUUUUGGAACCAACUAUCCAUAUAUGCCUCCACAGGUUCCCUUCAUUUUCAUAGGGAAAUUUGUAAAAACUGAACAAUUGUUGUUAAAGUUAUAAUAUGCAUUCAUAAUGCAAGGUCCAUUUUCCCCU